UUUUCUGGACCCUUAAUAUAUUCUCCAAGAAACUUGAACAACGCUUCUCUCACAUGUGAAUUUUGUGUAUAGACAGAUGUGUUUUUGAUUUCGUUGAAGAGGGAUUGAAGAGGAAUUUGACGAGAAGAAGAUGUUGGAAGAUCAGGUAGCUAAUUUGUUACAGAGAUAUCUGGGGAACUAUGUUAGAGGACUUAAUAAAGAAGCCCUCAAGAUCAGUGUCUGGCAAGGGGAUGUGGAGCUAACUAAUAUGCAACUGAAGCCAGAGGCCCUCAAUGCGUUGAAGUUGCCUAUAAAGGUUAAGGCAGGAUUUCUUGGGUCAGUGAAGCUUAAGGUUCCAUGGAGCAAGCUUGGCCAGGAUCCAGUUUUAGUUCACCUGGAUCGUAUAUUUUUACUUGCUGAGCCUUCAACUCAGGUUGAAAGUUCUAGUGAAGAUGUGGUGCAAGAAGUUAAGAGGAACCGAAUACGAGAAAUGGAAAUGAAACUAUUGGAGAGCAGAAAAUUACAGACAGAAGUGAACGAGUCUUGGUUGGAGUCUUUGAUAAACACGGUAAUUGGGAAUCUGAAGCUUUCUGUUUCAAACAUUCACAUCAGAUAUGAGGACACUGAGAGCAAUCCUGGCCAUCCUUUUGCAGCUGGUGUAACUUUAGACAAGCUGUUAGCCGUCACAGUUGAUGACACUGGACAGGAGACUUUCGCAACUGGGGGUGCACUGGAGCGUAUUCAGAAGUCUGUGGAGCUGGAGAGGCUGGCUGUUUAUUUGGAUUCUGAUGUUAGUCCUUGGCACAUAGAUGAGCCAUGGGAGGAUUUACCACCCCGGGAAUGGGAUCAGAUAUUCAAAUUUGGGACAAAGGAGGGAAAGGCAGCAGCUGUUCUUCCUGAAGAGCACUCUUACAUAUUGCAGCCUGUGACUGGAAACGCGAAAUAUUCAAAACAGCAUGCUAGUUUACCUGUUAAUGAUGGUCAGCCUCUUCAAAAAGCAGUGGUGAAUCUGGAUGAUGUGACACUUAGCUUGUCAAAGAGUGGAUACAGGGAUCUGUUAAAAUUAGCUGAUAAUUUUGCUGCAUUUAAUCAACGAUUGAAGUAUGCUCAUUAUCGCCCAAGUGUCGCGGUAAAAUCUGAUCCAAGGCCAUGGUGGAAGUAUGCUUAUAAAGCCGUCUCAGAUCAGUUGAAGAAGGCUAGUGGGAAAUUGUCAUGGGAGCAGGUCCUUUGGUAUGCAAGGCUACGCAAGAAGUAUAUAUCACUCUAUGCAAAGUUGCUCAGAUCUGAUUCUGAUCGGGUUGUAAUUGAUGAUAAUGAAGAGAUCAAGGAACUUGAUCGGGAACUCGACUUUGACCUUGUUCUCCAGUGGAGGAUGUUGGCUCACAAGUUUGUGGCCCAGUCAAUGGAUUCAGCGCCUUACUUAAGGAAUCAAAAAUCAAAGAAAUCCUGGUGGCCAUUUGGAUGGACAAGCAACUCCGUGACAGAUGAAAAUGAACCGGGAAACCUCAGUGAGGAUGACUGGCAAAGGUUAAACAAUAUAAUUGGGUAUAAAGAAGGUGAUAGUGAUCAACUUCUGGAAAUCCAUGGAAGAGCAGACUUACUGCAUACUUCUUUGGAGAUUCACAUGAAACACAAUGCUUCCAGGCUUGCUGAUGAGAAGGAAUGUCUUGCCGAUCUGUCAUGUGAAAAUCUUGAUUGUUUUGUAAACCUUUAUUCUGAGGCAAAAGUGUUUGACGUACGAUUGGGAUCAUACCAGCUAUCAUCUCCAAAUGGUCUCCUUGCAGAGAGUGCAACGGGUCAUGAUUCAUUAGUUGGUGCCUUCCGCUAUAAGCCUUUUGAUUCUAAAGUGGACUGGAGCUUGGUUGCUAAAGCUUCUCCAUGUUAUGUGACCUAUUUGAAAGAUUCUAUUGAUGGAAUUGUUAACUUUUUUGAAAGCAAUGCUGCUGUAAGUCAGACAGUAGCUCUGGAAACUGCUGCAGCUGUGCAGAUGACCAUCGAUGAAGUCAAGCGCACUGCACAACAACAAGUAAACAGAGCACUGAAGGAUCAGGCCAGGUUUUCCUUGGAUUUAAAUAUUGCAGCUCCCAAGAUUACCAUACCUACUGACUUCCAUCCAGAUGACGCCCAUUCCACUAAGCUUCUGCUUGACUUGGGAAAUUUGGUAAUCCGUACCCAGGAUGGUACUGAGUCGGUUCCACCUGAGGAGAUGAGCAUGUACUUGCAAUUUGAUCUGGUUUUGAGUGAUGUCUCAGCAUUUUUGGUUGACGGUGACUACCACUGGAGUCAAGCUUCUCCGGAUCGAACUGUUGGUUCAUCCAAGCAUAGUGUUAUUAACUUCUUGCCCAUUAUUGAUAAGUGUGGGGUCAUUGUAAAGCUUCAACAGAUCCGACUCGAAAACCCUUUGUUUCCUUCUACAAGACUGGCACUGAGGCUUCCUUCCCUGGGUUUUCAUUUCUCACCUGCUCGUUAUCACCGGCUUAUGCAAGUUGCAAAGAUCUUUCAAGGAGAAAAUAAAGAUAAUGCUGAUUUUAUUCGCCCUUGGGACCAAGCUGAUUUUGGGGGAUGGUUGUCUAUUCUUGCUUGGAAGGGUAUGGGAGGUAGGGAGGCUAUAUGGCAGCGGAAAUACCUCUGUAUUGUGGGGCCUUUUCUUUAUGUGCUCGACAAUCCGAACUCCAGAUCAUACAAGCAGUACAUGAGCCUUCGAGGGAAGCAGCUACAUCAAGUUCCUGCAGAUAUCGCUGGUAAUCUAGAACACGUGUUGGCAGUUUGUAUCUCUGGGCUGUCCAUUAACAAGAUAGUAGAAGAUCCAAAUGCCUUAGUAUUACGUUGUGACUCUGAAGAUUCAAGGAGGACCUGGCAGAGCUGGUUGCAGGGGGGCAUUUAUCGUGCAUCGAGGUCUGCUCCUAUCACUGGUGUCUUAGAGACCUCAUCGGACUCUGAAGACUCUGAAGUUGAACGUGUUGACAACCAAGACUUGUUGGACUCCUCAAAGAUGGAGAAAGUUUUCUUGAUUGGUGUGCUUGAUGAACUAAAGAUACGCUUCAAUUACAAUUGUCAGAAUGAUCAGAAUUUCUUGAAGGUGCUUCUAGCUGAGGAGAAACGCUUAUUUGAAUUCCGAGCAACUGGUGGUCGGGUUGAGCUGUUGGUAAAAGAUAAUGAUAUGUUCAUUGGGACGGUCCUCAAAUCAUUAGAGGUGGAAGAUUUAAUUUGCCGGAAAGGGAGAUCUCAGUAUUGUUAUCUUGCAAGAUCAGUCAUCAGGAGUUCUGAUGCACUGUCCCUGUCAAAUGUAAAUGGGGAUGGAACUUUUGUGAGUGAUGAUUUAAGUCAAGGUGAAGGUGAAGAUGAAUUUUACGAGGCUUCAGAGACGCUUAAUGAUGAGAGCCCCCAGUCAUGGAGGACUCAACCUGAUUAUUUUAGUUCGCAAAAUUUUCUCUCAGUAGAUAAUACUAUCAGAGCCCUUAGUUUCUCCCGUCUCUCUGGUCUACUUCCCGCCAACAAUAGUCAUCCUGGGGAUGAUAAUAUGGAAGUCAAUGACACAUUAGAUAGCUUUGUGAAGGCUCAAGUUAUAUUUUAUGAUAAGAAUUCAUCCCUUGAUGAGGGUGUUGAGACAAAGGUGGCAGUUUCGCUUGCUACUCUUUCAUUUUUUUGUCGCCGGCCUACGAUACUGGCCAUCAUGAAUUUUGUUAAUGCUAUAAAUGUUCAGGAUGACAGUUGUGAGUCAUUCCGUGAUACUUCGGCUGCUAUGGUACAAUCUGAUGUUUCCGACAAAAAUGCAGUUGAUAAACAGGCCUCAGAUGUAUUGGAGGAGCCUGUGGCCCAAGGUUUUAUUGGGAAGGGCAAGUCCAGAGUCAUCUUUUAUUUGACACUGCAAAUGGCUCGUGCUCAAAUUUUGUUGAUGAAGGAAAAUGGUUCUAAGCUUGCUACUUUGUCACAGGAUAAUUUUCUUACUGAUAUUAAGGUGUUUCCAUCUUCUUUUAGUAUAAAGGCAUCCCUUGGAAACUUAAGAAUAAGUGAUGACAGUCUUCAUAGCAACCAUAUUUAUUUCUGGGCCUGUGAUAUGAGAAAUCCAGGCGGUAGUUCAUUUGUGGAGUUGGUCUUUUGUUCAUUUAGUCCUGAUGAUGAGGACUAUGAGGGUUAUGAUUACAGUCUUGUUGGUCAGCUUUCUGAAGUCCGUAUAGUAUAUUUGAAUCGCUUUCUCCAAGAGGUUAUCAACUACUUCAUGGGUCUUGUUCCCAGUAAUUCGGUGGAUAUUGUCAGGGUAAAAGAUCAAAAAACAAAUACAGAAAAGUCAUUUACUCGAAGUGAAAUUGAAGGGUCACCUGCAGUAAAAUUUGAUCUUUCCCUGAGGAAGCCAAUAAUAUUAAUGCCCAGGAGAACGGACAGCCUUGACUAUCUCAAGCUCGAUAUUGUGCAUAUAACUGUGCAGAACACCUUCCAAUGGUUUCACGGAAGCAGACAAGAAAUGAAUGCUGUCCACAUGGAAAUUUUAACUGUUAAAGUUGAAGACAUAAACCUGAAUGUUGGUUCUGGAACAGAAUUAGGUGAAAGUAUAAUGCAGAAUGUCAAUGGUAUUUCUGUUAUUAUUCGGAGGUCACUCCGCGACUUGCUGCAUCAGAUUCCUGAUACAGAAGUUGAUAUUAAGAUUGAAGAACUCAAAGCAGCUCUUUCCAACAAAGAGUACCGAAUCAUUUCAGAAUGUGCACAGUCUAAUUUCUCAGAGACUCCAAACUUGGUUCCUCAACUGAAUGUUUCCUCAUCUGCUUCAGUAGAGGUGGCGGGACCUUCUGUUCCUGUAGAUUCUAAUGCAACAGAAUCUGGAACUCUGGGUAGGGAAAAGUGGAUUUCCACCAAGGUUUCUGUUAUCAUUGAUUUAGUUGAACUGAGCCUUUACUAUGGCGUAACAAGGGAUGCAUCUCUUGCAACUUUGAAGGUUAGUGGUGCAUGGUUUCUCUAUAAAUCAAAUUCAUCAGGGGAAGGUUUUCUGUCUGCAACUCUUAAGGAUUUUACCAUGCUUGAUGAUCGGGAAGGUACAGAAGAAGAACUUAGGCUGGCAAUUAGGAAGCCAGAGACCAUUGGAUAUAAUCCUACAGAUUUUUUGACUGAUGAGGUGGUUCCUCAUAAGAUGGAGAACAAAAUGGGUGAUAUUGAUAGGAAACCAGUUCCUACAAUGCUCGUUCUUGAUGCUAAAUUUAGUGAUUAUUCCACAUCUCUAUUCUUAUGUAUCCAGAGGCCACAGUUACUCGUUGCACUUGAUUUUCUGCUUGAUGUUGUUGAGUUUUUUGUGCCUACGGUUCGUGGUAUGCUAUCAAAUGAAGAGGAUAAGAAUGCUUCGCACAUUAUAGAUGGAAUUAUUCUUGAUAAGUCCACAUUCAGUCAACCUAGUGCUGAAUUCUCACUCUCUCCGCUGAGACCGUUGGUUGCCGAUGAUGAAAGAUUUGACCUUUUCUUAUAUGAUGGUAGAGGUGGGACAUUGUAUUUGCUGGAUAGACAGGGUUCUAAUCUCUCAUCUCCAAGUAUGGAAGCUAUUUUUUUUGUAGGAACUGGAAAGAAGCUUCAAUUUACGAAUGUUACCAUCAAGAAUGGACAGUUCUUAGACUCUUGUAUGUUUUUGGGAUCUAAUAGCAGCUAUUCAGCUACUGAGGAUGAUAAUGUCUUCCUUGACGAAGGGGAUAGUGGUCAUUCUCAGAGCUAUUCUGGGGAGAGUAGUAACAGUGUCUCUCCACAGAAUGUUGCUGGCAGCAGAUCCACUGAGAUUGUCUUUGAGUUGCAGGCUAUUGGUCCAGAGCUCACCUUUUAUAAUAUGUCAAAGGAUGUGAGAAAAUCACUUCUCCUUUCCAACAAGCUUUUGCACACGCAAUUAGAUGCAUUCUGCAGACUUGUUUUGAAGGGUGACACUAUUGACAUUACUGCUGAAGCUCUUGGAUUUACCAUGGAGAGCAAUGGAAUCCGGAUUUUGGAGCCUUUUGAUACCUCUAUGACGUACUCGAAUGCUUCUGGGAAGACAAAUAUGAAAUUGACUAUUUCAGAUAUAUAUAUGAAUUUUUCAUUUAGCAUUUUGAGAUUAUUUCUGGCUGUUGAAGAUGACAUUUUGGCUUUUCUGAGGAUGUCAUCAAAGAAAAUGACUGUGGUGUGCUCCGAAUUUGACAAAAUUGGAACCUUUAAAAACCCUUCCAAUGAUCAGGUAUAUGCAUUUUGGAGACCACGUGCACCACCUGGUUUUGCAAUACUUGGUGACUAUCUCACACCAUUAGACAAGCCACCAACCAAAGGAGUUGUUGCUGUUAAUACCAGCUUUGUACGAGUAAAGAGACCUGAGUCUUUCAAGCUUGUUUGGCCCUCAACCUCAAUGGAUAGCUUUUUGUCUGAAGGUGUAAUUAAUGGUGAGGACAGCAGUGAAGGAGGCAAGGUUUGUUCCAUAUGGUUCCCUGAAGCGCCAAAAGGCUAUUUGUCAAUGGGAUGUGUGGUUUCUUCUGGAAGGAAAGAACCUCCAGCAUCUUCUGCUCAUUGCAUCUUAGCAUCCUUAGUUUCAUCCUGUGGCCUUAGAGAUUGUAUAAACAUUAGCCUGAACAGUUGUUAUCCAAAUUUGGUAUUCUGGCGUGUGGAUAAUUCUGUUGGCACCUUCCUGCCAGCUGACCCCACUACAAUGAACUUGAUUGGUAGAGCUUAUGAAUUACGGCAUUUAGUUUUUGGUUUUCCAGAUAUUUCUUCACAAACAUUGAAGAGCUCAGACAUCCAAACGCUUCCUUCUGCUCGUGAACAUACCAUCCGGUCAGAAAGGUCAUCAACUGUAAAUUCUGGAAGGAGAUUUGAGGCUGUUGCUACUUUUCGGUUGAUCUGGUGGAAUCAAGGCUCAGGAUCUAGAAAGAAAUUAUCCAUAUGGCGCCCUACCAUACCUGAAGGGAUGGUUUACUUUGGUGAUAUUGCUGUUAAAGGGUAUGAACCUCCAAAUACCUGCGUGGUCCUUCAUGAUUCUGGAGAGGAGCUGUACAAACCCCCUCUGGACUUUCAACGUGUUGGACAGAUAAAGAAACAUAGAGGGGUGGAUAAUAUUUCUCUUUGGCUGCCUCAGGCUCCACCUGGCUUUGUUUCCUUGGGUUGUGUUGCUUGUAAGGGUGCUGCAAAGCUAUCUGAUUUCAGUUCCUUAAGAUGCAUUCGUAGUGAUAUGGUCACAGGGGAUCAAUUUCUUGAUGAAAGCUUGUGGGAUACAUCUGAUAUAAAAUUCGUGAAAGAGCCAUUUAGCAUAUGGACGGUUGGAAACGAUUUGGGUACUUUUAUUGUACGUGGUGGUUUCAAGAAACCCCCAAGAAGGUUUGCCUUAAAGCUUGCUGACCCAGAUAUUGCAAGCGGUUCAGAUGACACUGCAAUUGAUGCAGAAAUAAGAACUUUCUCUGCAGCUCUUUUUGAUGACUAUACUGGCUUGAUGGUACCGUUGUGUAAUUUAUCUUUAAGCAGCAUUGGAUUCAGCUUACAUGGAAGACAGGACUUCUCGACCUCCUGUCUUAGCUUCUCUCUGACUGCUAGAUCAUACAAUGACAAGUACGAAGCUUGGGAGCCUCUUAUUGAACCAGUUGAUGGAUCAUUACGGUACCAGUACAAUCUCAAUGCACCAGGCGCUGCUUCGCAGCUGCGUUUGACCCCCACUGGGGAUCUCAAUAUGAAUAUUUCUGUGUCCAAUAUCAAUAUGAUAUUUCAAGCUUAUGCAAGCUGGAAUAGUCUUAGUCAAGUUCAUGAAUCGUACACGGAAGCUAUUUCUCCAAAAGGAGGAGCUAUCAUUGAUAUGCAUCACAGAAAGAGUAACUAUCUUAUUCCACAAAACAAACUCGGUCAGGACAUUUUUAUCCGAGUUGCUGAUGUCAAGGGCCUUUCCAACAUCAUUAAGAUGCCUUCUGGAGAGAGAAAGCCAUUAAAAGUGCCAGUGUCAAAGAAUAUGUUAGAUUCUCAUUUAAAUGGAAAUCUGUGUCAGAAGCUCACACAAAUGGUGACUAUCAUAAUUGCAGAGGCAGAGCUCCCAAAAUUUGAAAGUUUGUCCUCCAACCAAUAUGCUGUUGCAGUCCAUCUUAUUCCAAACCAGAGCCAAGCUGGUGAAUUACAACCGAAUCGACAAAGUGCACGAACUUGUGGAACUGGCUCAGAUAGCUCUUCUGAUGUUGAAAUUGUGAAGUGGAAUGAAGUAUUUUUCUUCAAAAUUGUUUCAACGGAUUGCUACAUGGUUGAAAUGAUAGUGACUGAGACGGGGAAAGGUGAUGAAGUUGGUUAUUUUUCGUCUCCAUUGGAGCAAAUAGCCACAUCUCAAGCCAACUACCACUUCAAUAGCUUGGCUGAGCUGACUUGGCUACAGUUGUCCUCAGCAGCACCUAAGGUUGGUGAGACAUUGAAGAAAACAUUUGGAAGGAUAAGAUGCUCUGUGCUCUUAUCACCUAAAUCAGAAGUUAAAUAUGGAGAAAAAUCAUUAACUGGAGAUAGAAGAUCCGGGUUUAUUGAGAUUAGUCCAACUAGAGGAGGACCGUGGACUAUAGUUAGGUUAAACUAUGCAGCACCUGCUGCUUGUUGGCAGUUUGGCAAUAGCCUCGUUGCCAGUGAAGUUAGUGUUAAUGAUAGCAACAGAUAUGUUAUCAUCAGAUCCAUGGUUUCAGUUCGUAAUGAUACUGAUAUUGUACUAGAUUUGUGCCUGAAGCUUUCGGCUUCAAGUCAGAAAAAUAUGCCUGGAGAGGAUGAAAAAAUGGUGGUUACUAGAGAAAGAAACCAAUUUGUGACAGAUGAGUUUUUUGAAAAUGAACAAUAUAACCCAGCUGUUGGUUGGGUUGAAAAUCUGGAUUCCCUUGAGGGAGCACUGGGAGACGAGUUGCCAUCAGGCUGGGAAUGGAUUGAUGAAUGGCAUGUUGAUAAAAGUUCUGUCCAAACAGCUGAUGGAUGGGUUUAUGCUCCAGAUUUUCAGCAUCUGAAGUGGCCCGAGUCAUACAAUCCACUUAAGUCUGUCAAUUAUGCUAGGCAAAGGAGAUGGAUUAGGCAUAGAAAGCGCAUAUCAGGGGAUUUUAUGUCACAAAUAUCUGUUGGUAUCAUUAGACCUGGUGAAGUUGUUUCAGUUCCCCUUUCUGGCCUGACACAGUCUGCAUCCUAUAUACUGCAAUUGAGGCCUUUGGAUAUCGAAAACUCAAGAGAUUAUGCUUGGAGUUCUGUAAUGGAUAGGCCUAGUCAAUUAAAGGAUGUUGGUACGCCAAAAGAAAAUUCUGAAAUUUGUGUCUCAACUCUCAAAGAGACAGAGAAACUCUUGCAUUGCCCUGAGAUUAGUGGAACCUCGUUUAAUGGUUCACACAGUAUCUGGUUUUGUUUGAAGAUACUAGGAACAGAGAUUGCAAAGGACAAGAACUCUUAUCCUAUAAAAGACUGGAGCAUUGUGGUCAAGUCACCUGUAUCUAUCACCAACUAUCUGCCUCUUUCAGCUGAAUUUUCUGUUCUGGAGAUGCAAAGCAGUGGUCAUUGUCUUAACUGUUAUAGAGGAGUAUUUAAACCUGGAGAGACUGUAAAGAUAUAUAAUGUUGACAUAAGAAAUCCUUUGUACUUAUCAUUGCUUCCACAAAAAGGAUGGCUACCCAUGCAAGAGGCUGUCCUAAUAUCUCAUCCUAGCAGGGAACCUUCAAAAACUAUUAGCUUAAGAAGUUCACUUUCUGGAAGGACUGUUCAACUCAUUCUUGAACAAAAUGACACCGAAGAAGGGCUUGUGCAGUCUAAGGUCAUUAAAGUUUAUUCGCCUUGUUGGCUUGCCAUUGCCAGAUGCCCUCCACUAACAUUUAGGCUGGUAAACUUUGGGGGCAAAAGUCCAUCAAGAAAGAUACCUUUUCCUUUUAAGUCAAAAAAGAGCAGUGAAGUGAUCCUUGAGGAAAUCACUGACGAGGAACUAUGUGAAGGUCAUACAAUUGCUUCUGCAUUGAAUUUCAAAUUGUUGGGACUCUCAGCAUCAGCAAGUCAAUCUGGAGAAGAGCAUUUCGGGCCGGUCAAGGACCUUUCUCCCCUCAAUGACAUGGAUGGAUCUGUGGACCUGUGUGCUUACAAUAGCGACGGCAAUUGUAUGCGGCUGUUUAUAUCUUCAAAACCUUGCACCUUCCUGUCUAUCCCAACUAAGGUCAUCUUCAUUCGUCCCUAUAUAACAUUCACAAACAGACUUGGUCAAAACAUAUUCAUCAAGUUAAGCAGUGAAGAUGAACCAAAGAUUUUGCAUGCAACGGAUGAAAGAGUAUCAUUUGUAUAUGGUGAAGCUGGUCGACCAAUGGAACUUCAGGUAAGAUUAGAUGAUACAAACUGGUCGUUUCCUUUUCAAGUAGCAGAGGAGGACACCAUCUCUCUGGUGAUGAGGAAAGGUGACGGUACAUGUAGAUUUCUGAGAACUGAAAUCCGUGGUUAUGAGGAGGGAUCUCGUUUUAUUGUUGUAUUUCGCUGUGGGUCACUGAAUGGUCCUAUAAGGGUCGAGAAUAGAACAAGGAGGAAGAUGAUGAGAAUCCGUCAAUCUGGAUUUGGUGAUGAUGCAUGGAUUCAGUUAUGCCCUCUUUCAACCUCUAAUUUCUCUUGGGAGAAUCCAUAUGGUGAAAAGUUUAUUGAUGCGGAGAUUCAGGAGGGAAAUAGUACUACAGUUCGCAAAUUUAACUUAGAAAAGUCACGUUUACACACUGAAGGUGACGGAUUAGGCCUGCUUUUCCAUGUUUUAGAUCUGGGAGAUCUUAAAGUUGCUAGGUUUUUAGAUGAGAUGACUUUAUCACUCUCAAGGGAGGGGAGCAGGUCUGCAAUUCAUGUGGAGAGUCUUGGAAAUUCUCACAUAGAGAGCAAUAUGCAGGACCAUGCAUCUCCUUUAGAACUUAUAGUUGAGAUGCAAGCUGUUGGAGUUUCUGUUGUUGAUCAUACACCAAAAGAACUCUCCUACUUGUACUUGGAGCGAGUUUUCAUAUCUUAUUCAACUGGUUAUGAUGGUGGGACCACAAGCAGGUUCAAACUCAUAUUGGGUUAUUUGCAGCUCGACAAUCAGCUCCCGCUGACAUUGAUGCCUGUACUGCUUGCACCUGAGCAAACCAGUGAUGCAAGCCAUCCAGUGUUCAAAAUGACUGUGACUGUCAGCAAUAAAAGUCAGAACGGAAUUCAGAUCUAUCCAUAUGUCUAUAUACGGGUAACUGACAAGUGUUGGAGGCUUAACAUUCAUGAACCUAUUAUUUGGGCAUAUAUAGGUUUCUACAGUAGUCUGCAACUGGAUCGUGUUAAUCAGAGUUCCAGUGUUACCCAAGUAGAUCCUGAAAUACGUAUAGACCUUAUUGACAUUUCAGAAGUAAGACUGAAGGUGUCUUUGGAAACUAGUCCUGCCGAAAGACCACCAGGAGUUCUUGGUGUGUGGAGUCCCAUACUUACAGCUGUUGGAAAUGCAUUCAAAAUUCAGAUCCAUCUGAGAAAAUUGAUACGCAGAGGCAGAUUCAUGAGAAAAAGUUCUGUCGUAUCUGCCAUUACAAAUCGUUUGUGGAGAGAUUUGAUUCAUAAUCCAUUGCAUUUGAUUUUUUCGGUGGAUGUCCUCGGCAUGACAAGUUCAACUUUAGCUUCUCUUAGCAAAGGUUUUGCGGAGCUCUCUACAGAUGGACAGUUUCUGCAACUGCGUUCAAAGCAGGUUUGGUCAAGAAGGAUAGGUGGUGUUGGUGAUGGAAUCAUUCAGGGAACAGAAGCUCUUGCACAAGGAGUUGCUUUUGGAGUUUCAGGGGUUUUAAGAAAGCCUGUGGAAAGUGCUAGAGAAAAUGGUCUUCUUGGCCUUGCUCAUGGGCUGGGUCAAGCUUUCUUAGGAUUCAUUGUACAGCCAGUCAGUGGAGCAUUAGACUUUGUCUCGUUGACUGUUGAUGGAAUAGGUGCAAGCUGUUCCAGGUGCUUGGAUAUUCUCCAAAACAAGACCUCUUUCCAGAGAAUAAGGAACCCCCGGGCUAUUCAUUCUGACAAUGUACUUAGAGAGUACUGCAGGAGAGAAGCUGUUGGUCAGAUGGUACUUUUCCUUGCGGAGGCAAGUCGACAUUUUGGAUGUACUGAAAUAUUUAAAGAGCCAUCAAAAUUUGCUUGGUCGGAUCAGUAUGAGGCUCAUUUUGUGGUGCCCUACCAACGGAUUGUUCUAGUAACUAACAAACGUGUUAUGCUGCUACAGUGUGCCUCCCCUGAUAAGAUGGACAAAAAACCUUGCAAGAUCAUGUGGGAUGUGCCAUGGGAAGACAUAUUGGCAUUGGAGUUGGCAAAAGCUGGUUUCCCCAUACCAUCUCAUUUAAUUAUCCAUCUCAAGAAUUUUAAGAGGUCAGAGAACUUUGUCAGAGUUAUAAAGUGCAAUACCGAAGAAUCAAACGAAAGAGAGCCUCAGGCUGUAAGUAUAUGUUCCAUGGUGCGCAAGUUUUGGAAGCGAACUGACUCAGAGCUGAGCAACCAAAUGUCAAAGGUCCCGUCUAUCCAGAGACAUGUAUGUUCUAUCCGUAAUGAAGCUGGUGGAAGUGAUCCUCAUAUGCACUUGAAAUCAGUGAUCAAAUCAACAGAGCUCUCUUUAGCUGGUUCUGCUUCGGAUGAUGGUAAACUUGUCACACACUGUAUGAACUUUUUGAAGGUGUGGAGCAGUGAACAAGAAUCAAAAGGUCGAUGUACCUUGUGCCAAAAGAAGGAAUCUGAAGAAGGUGGAAUUUGUAGUAUUUGGCGACCAGUCUGUCCCAAUGGGUAUAUCUCAGUUGGGGAUAUAGCUCGUGCUGGCAGCCAUCCUCCUAAUGUUUCAGCUGUAUAUCACUAUUCUGACAAACACUUCACUCUUCCAGUAGGAUUUGACCUGGUAUGGAGGAAUUGCCUGGAGGACUACAUAACUCCUGUCUCGAUUUGGCAUCCUCGUGCUCCUGCAGGCUAUGUCUCUCCUGGAUGUGUUGCUGUGCCUAGGUUUGAGGAGCCAGACCCUAAAGCUGUAUAUUGUAUUGCAGAAUCCCUUGCUGAGGAAACAGUUUUAGAAGACCAAAAGAUUUGGUCAGCACCUGAUUCAUAUCCGUGGUCAUGCCAUAUUUACCAAGUGCAGAGUGGAGCCCUUCAUUUUGUUGCCUUGAGACAACCCAAAGAAGAAUCUGACUGGAAGUCUAUGAGGGUUGUUGAUGACCUUCAACAAUUGGCUCAACCAUCAGAAGCUCGGUGACUUUCAUUAGAUCCUUCAUCUUGGUGCGAAAACACCCUCGUUGAGAAACUAAGCCAAAUCUCUGGGGCUGUCUUUGCAUCAUUUCAGAGCAACCUUCGGUUUCAUGAAUGUUUCACAGUUUUAGCUCAGUAUCCAGUCAGUACAUCAUCAUGACAAGGUAUUCUACUUCAGCCCAAGCUGGUGUUUCCGGAGCUUCAGUGCUAUGACGUACAUGAUGAAGAUGAUGAGUUUAUUCUUGUAUGUUCCAUAGAUUUUCUCGCAGGAACCUGGACACAGAUGAUUAAUGAUUUGAGGGUCGGAGUUGGUUGAGUUGCACUUGAAACUUUGGUGCUUUUCAUUCGAGUUCUUCUGCAAGUGUACAUGCAAGAAUUUUUUGUCU